GACUUUUCUAAAUCAUUUUCCGAUUUCAAAAAGCCUUUUGACGUUUUUCUAUUUUCCAGCUUUCUAUUUGAAAGAAAAAUCAGACAGCAACAUAAUAGCCUCAUUUUACAUUUUUCGAUUUUAACAUUUUUCACUUUUGAGGUAAGGCAUGUCCAAGUCUAGGGCCCACAAUGACGGUACCAAUCUAAUCGUUAACUACUUGCCACAAACGGUCGAUGAGGAUGAGCUGAGUACGCUAUUUUCUGAGUGCGGGAUGAUCGAGGCUGUAAAAGUGAUAAGAGAUGGAAAAUCUCAGAUCAGCAGAGGAUUUGCUUUUGUUAAGUUUGUUGAUCGAGAAUCGGCAGACAAAGCUAUGAAAAAGUACACCGGUUUUAAGAUGGGACGGAAAACAUUGCGCGUGUCGUUGUCAAGACCCGCAGGAGAAGAAACAAGAGAAACAAACCUUCUCAUUGAGAACAUUCCAGAAUCCUGGGACGACGACAGGCUUCAUCAGCAGUUCCAGGUGUACGGGCAGAUCAUAACCCACCGUGUGGUCAAGAACAUGGAGGGUCAGAGCAAGUGCAGAGCAUACGUUCGUUACAAUUUAAAGGCAGAGGCAGAGGACGCCAUCACGGCACUGAGUGGUAUAAAUAUCGGUGGAGAAGACGAGCUGGUGGUUCGGUUUGCAGACCCGCCCGUGGUGAGAGCUACACCCGAACUGAUUACUAAGAAAAACACAAGAACAUCCGCGCAGCCCUACCCUUCACCAGCACGGGCUCCCCGUGAUCUGCCCUAUUCUACACUCCCCCACAUGCGGGAACCGGGCCGGGACCCUUACUUAGAACACCACCGGAUGGAGGUCUCCCCUUCUAGAGCAAUAGUUCGACCAGCGUUUAACCGUCCCCCCAGAAGCAAGCUGCUGCCCCACAUGCCUAACGAACCUGUUGUUCGAGAGAAGGGACAUCCUGCAACGUGGGGUGCAUCACGAGCACACCCAUACCACCCUGAGGCAGGGUCCACUUGGGGCGAGUUUGCGAGUCCAGUAUUACAACCUGAUAUGGCUAGCAUCAGCAGUGGUGGUGUGCUGUCUGAGAGCCAUAAGUCUUCCUACGAUCCUGAGAAAGGGUGGUGUGUGUUCGUUUACAACCUACCUCCAACUGCUACCAACGAGACUUUAUAUCAGUUGUUCUCCAAAUUUGGAGCUAUAAACUCAGUCAAGCCAGUGGUAGAUAAGAAUGAGAAGUGCAAGGGAUAUGGAUUCGUGCAUAUGGUGAACUAUGAAGACGCUUGUAGAUCCAUUCAGUCCCUUGAAGGAACGCCCAUGCAAGGAAAACCUCUUCAAGUCAGAUUUAAGAAUGCUAAGAAGUGAAUGAUUUUUUUCCGAAAUUCAAUUUUUCCGUGACAAAAUAUUUUUGGCAAACGAAAGCAAAUUAGAACGCAAUGCCUGUUCAGUUAUCAAUCCAGAAACUAGUCACUUUCUCAAUGUGUGAUUUAUCCUAAUAUCAUGAUUUAAUCCUAGAGGUACCUGCUAUUUUUCGACCGUUAAUAAUACCUUCAAAAAUUGCUAAUUUUUGUUUAGAAUGGAUAUGAUUUAAACGAAUUGUUAUAUAUUUGUUAAAGAUA